AUGCAAGCGAAACAGACACGGAUUCGACUCGAUGGGAGGGAAGCUCGGGAGCGGGCCGCUCAGAUUAAACAGGAGUUGAGGCUAGAUUCGACAAAAGUGGGCUUGAUAUUGACGUUGUCAACUAGUAUCUUUACGUUCGACCGAACUUUGAAACUCCAACUCCGACAGCUAACCCAUUUGUUAAAUAUCACGUUCGAUGGAAAGGCACGCCUCUCUGGCAAGAGACGGAUGUGCUCUCACGCAGUAACCAUCUUGCUGCCAUCCGUCUGUGCUUCAGUAGCACCAGGGCCGCCGAUGUUCCGUGGUUAUUCUCGGUCUGCUGUUGAUAGUAUGGCUUACCAUGACCACAUUCAUCCCGCCUCUACCAGCCAAUUCAUCGUCAGAUCAAAAGAGCACCGAAACAUUUAUCCAUCCACCCUAGUCUGCAAGAAAUGGUUCGACUGGGCUCAACCAGCUCGCCUUUAUGAACUCGCGUUCAGCCGGCGAGACGAGCGAAGUCUUGCAACCCGAUAUCUGCAUGCAGCCUUUGCAGAUGGUUUCACCGCAAAACGUCAUCUAGAUUGGCCGCAUCAUAUCCACCGGUUGAUGAUAGACGUGUCCACAUCCCCUCCCGCUCAACAUGAGGCAAACACUUUCUUCCACCUCUUGAUUAACUUGAAAACGGUGGUAUUCGUAGGCCAUGUCACCAGCUCAUUCUCUCUGUUUCUGGUCGAUCUGUUGCAUCGCCAAAAAAUACGAGAUAUACGGUGGCGCAAGGACCUGGACUAUGUACAGGAUGCUGCCGACAUCUAUCAGGAGCUUCGCCAGCUCUAUCCUCUCUUCACUGGGUUGUCUGCAUAUAAGAUGCUUGAUGUGGAUAUCAUUGAAUUUUCAGGUCCUGUUCACAUCUUCUCAGAUAUAGAAGCCGACCCAUAUACCAUUCAACCUGACUCCAUACAACCCACAGACAUUAGGCUGUACCUGAUUCCUGACAUGGCCAAGUUACUUCGUGUGGGCAUGUCGGGAACGACAUUCUUCGAUUUCUCGAAUGUUCGUCGCCUUGACCUUGCUGUGGGCCCCGCAGAUGCCUACUCCAUUUUCGAUGCCAUUAUGGCAUUACCAGCUGUCGAGGUCCUUUAUUUAGACCUUACUGCCCUAACAAACGGCUUUUUGAAAGUCAGAAAGCUCAAGUGUCUGCAAGAGCUUCGCUUAUGUGCCAGGCCAAAGCAACUUCCGUCUGUUUCAGCUGUCAUUGAAAAUCUUCCCAACCGUGGAGCGGGCACGGAUGUCAGCAUUGUCUUCGUACAUUGGAAAACUGGCUUCUUCUCCUCUGAUUUACAUGUCGCGCUUUCAACUAUCGAUGCUCUAGCAUCUGCUGUUGCAUUCUCGUUGAAAUUAUACAUUAGGUUUGGUGGUCUAAGUCGCAUACAUGGUUCAAUGAUGCUGUUUGAUGAUGUUGCGGAGUUCUUGAAUACAUGCUUGGGAACCUGGAAGGAUGCUGGGUGGCUGACCUUAUUUUGGGACAUUCAUGAGGCAUGUAUGUGGGAGAGGGCCACGAAGCCUGUCAGCGAAGUAGGCUGGAAAACAUAUAUUCCUGAGCAUUCUUACACAUUCAAUUAG